UGAUGCACAACUGCUUCGCUUCUUCCAAACCCUCCCACUGGACACUGAACUUCCUCCCAAGAUCACCCCCAGUCUCUUGCCGCUGAGACAGCGGAGAUGCCGUAGCGUCCCAAUUGCUGAUAGGAACUUCGCAUUUGUUACACCGAGGUCGGCAGCCGCACAAUGGCACGAGCACCAUGGGACGAGGUGCCAGCCCACGACACCUUGUUCGUCUUGGUAACAGGUGGCAAUAGCGGAAUUGGCUUUGGCAUCGGCGAGCGCCUGAUCGACGAGUUCCUCACCACGCGAUCCCUCUCCUCGCACCUUGUUUUGAUCCCAACCACACGAAGCCUCAAAAAGUCGCAAGAAACGAUCAAUGCUCUCCGUAAACACGCCAAAGAGUUCGCCGUCACAUCGAACGGCCUUCGGGCACGCGGAGGCCCAAACUAUGACCCACGGCAAACGACUCGGCGGGUCCACAUCCUCAGCGUCCAGAUCGAUCUGUGCAACCUACCCUCCGUUCGGCGCGCCGCAAACCAGCUCGUCUCCGGCACGCUUAGUAGCCCCAGCGACGAUGGCGACUUUGUGUCCCUCACCGACGUCACGAUCCCGCGCUUAGAUUCCAUCAUUUUCAACGCCGGUAUAGGGGGGUGGUACGGGCUUGAUUGGCCCAAAGUCUUCCGCCACAUCUUUACGCAGGGCCUGAUUAGUGCCACGACAUGGCCCACCUUCAAGGGCGCAUUGGGCGGGCAUGUAAUUGAUCCUAUCAAGGGGUCGAAGGGAGAAGACGGCCCAAAGAUGGGCGAGGUCUUCUGUGCGAACGUGUUCGGCCAUUACAUCUUUGCGCAGAGGCUGGUGCCGCUCCUUACCCGGCCGGCGAGCAGCACCCUCCCGCCCAGCCGCAUCAUCUGGGAGUCGAGCGUUGAGCCGGAUUGGGAGAGCUUCUCGCCGGAUGACUUUGAAGCGAUCGAAACCAAGGCCGCCUACGAGUCCACUAAGCGGUUGACCGACCUCCUCGCCCUGACAUCCACACUGCCCUCCUCUAAGCCGUAUGUCAGCAGAUAUCUCAACAUCGACACCCAGCAAGGCACUGCCAACAGACAACCGCCAACCCGGCCAAAAGUCUACCUCGUCCACCCGGGCGUUGUCCAGACCACACUGUUCCCGCUCAACGCCUUCAUGUACUUCUGGUACACGGUGGUCCUCUACAUCACCCGCUGGCUGGGGUCGCCCUGGCACCCGAUCACGGCCUACAACGGGGCGUGCGCGCCCGUGUGGCUGGCGCUGCAGGAGCAGGGGUGGCUGGACGGGGUGCACGCCGAGCGCAUCAAGUGGGGCAGCAGCACGGACUUCUGGGGCGAGUGCCGCGUCAAGAAGACCGAGGUGGACGGCUGGGGGUGGGAGGGCAAGGUGGAGGAGAUGCUGCACCUGAAGCAGGAGCACAAGCUGGCCGGACGGAAGCCCGGGGCGGUGGAUGUUACGGAGGAGAGGCUGGCGGAGUUCAAGGAGCUCGGGGCGAACUGCUGGAGGAGGAUGGAGGAGUUGAGGGAGGAGUGGGAAAGGAGGGUUGAUGCCCUCGAGAACGGGCAUUGACGAGUACUAGGGUGGUAUGAGAUAUAAUCAUAUUGUUAAUACCUAAUAAUGAUUGACGGUGGGUGAGUGCGCUCCCUCAACCUAGCAAUCACUCUUCAUACGGGCGGUUUUGGGUUGUACAAUGCACAUGCAUGUAU